AUGUCUCCUUAUACCUCAUUAAAGUCUCUCUUCCUUCUCACCAUCAUCAUUGCAAGCCAAACAGCUUCUGCACAGUUACAAGACCCUACUUACGUCGGCCAAGAUUGUACCAACAGGAUAUCAAGAAACACAACUUACUUCUCCAAUCUCCAAAUACUAUUGACCUCUCUCUCUUCAAACACUGCUUUCUUCACCAUGGGGUCUCAUAGCCUCACAAAAGGUCAAAACGCUGACAUGGUAUUCGGAACUUAUCUCUGCAAAGGUGAUCUCUCCCCUGAAGCUUGCCGUGACUGCGUCGUUUUCGCCGCCAAAGAUGCUCCGACUCGAUGUCCAGGAGGGAAAGAGUUCUUGAUUCAGUACGAUGAGUGCAUGCUCGGAUACGCAGACCGGAAUAUCUUCAUUGAUGCUGUAACAAAAACUAGAAUCAUCACUUGGAACACUCAGAAUGUUUCAGCUGACCUAUCGGACCGGUUCAACAGCUCAGUGUUUUCUCUGAUCAACAAGUCUGCGGUGGAAGCGGCUAAUAGCACAACAAAGAAGUUUGCGGUUAACAAGUCUAAUUUCACUUUGUCACGGAUGCUUUAUGCAUCUGUUCAGUGCAAUCCUGAUCUCUCUAGUGAAGAUUGCUUAAGUUGUCUGCGGCAAUCCAUCAAGGAGUUUUAUUUUAGGAGCGUUGGAGGAAGAGUUCUUGUCCCAAGUUGUAACUCAAGAUACGAACUUUACCCUUUCUACAAUGAAACCCUGGUGACAAGUCUCUCUCCAUUGCCGCCGGUUUCAGCUCCUCCAUUGCCACCUGGAAAAGGAGGAAAUUCUACAGUUAUAAUCAUAGCAAUUGUAGUACCGGUCACUGUCUCUGUUCUUAUAUGUGUGGCUUUUUUUAGCUACCGUCUAACAAGGAGAGUGAAGAAGACUUAUGAUACAGCAGCUGCAGAUGAUGAAGGGGAUGACAUUACAACUGCAGGUUCACUGCAGUUUGAUUUUAAGGUUGUUGAAGCUGCGACAGAUAAGUUUGCAAUAUGUAAUAAACUCGGUCAAGGUGGAUUCGGCAAAGUUUACAAGGGCAUAUUACCAAAUGGAUUACAAGUUGCGGUGAAGAGACUAUCGAAAACAUCAGGACAAGACCCUAGAAUGCAGAGCCAGCUGGAUUGGACUACACGGUACAAGAUUAUUGGAGGAAUUGCUAGAGGAAUUCUUUAUCUUCAUCAAGAUUCACGACUUACAAUCAUACACCGGGACCUCAAAGCGGGUAACAUCCUCUUGGAUGCUGAUAUGAACCCCAAGGUCGCAGAUUUUGGAAUGGCCAGAAUUUUCGAAAUUGACCAGACGGAAGCCAACACAAGAAGAAUAGUUGGAACCUAUGGUUACAUGUCUCCCGAGUAUGCAAUGUAUGGCCAAUUCUCGAUGAAAUCAGAUGUCUAUAGCUUCGGAGUCUUAGUUCUUGAGAUUAUAAGCGGCAAGAAGAAUAGUAGCCUCUAUCAGAUGGAUGGUAGUGUCUGCAACUUGGUUACAUAUACUUGGAGGUUAUGGAGCAAUGAGUCUCCAUUAGAUCUUGUGGAUCCGUCCUUUCAAGAAAAUUAUCAAAGCAACGAAAUAAGUAGAUGCAUCCAUAUCGCCUUAUUAUGUGUCCAACAAGACACUGAAGAUCGUCCAACCAUGUCAGCGAUCGUCCAAAUGCUUACUACUAGCUCGAUUCCUCUCGCAAUGCCUAGACCACCUGGACUUGUUUUCCGGGGCAAUCAUGAACAAGCAGGUCCAUCAAUGGAUAAGUCUGCUCUCUGUUCCAUCGAUGAGGCUUCGAUUACUUCUGUAGCUCCUCGUUAA